AUGGGCUCUGUGAUGUUAAAGUCCAUAAGCACUCAUGGCUGGAGCUCCGAGUUGAUCCCUGGCAAAGGGAUCACGGGCUCUGCGAUGUCCAAGUCCGCUGGAUUUGCCGCAAUUAUAACUCUAGCUGCAUUUCAAAAUGCAAUGUCGCUUUCACACUCUUUUCUAGUGACUGCUACCUCUCUUCGUGGCGACUUUGUUGCAGUUGGUAAUUGUCCUGUCAGCAUACCUGAUCUUACGAAUCCCCAAUCAUUCCAGGCUUGCACAAAGGCGUUCUCAACACUUUUGAGUUGUAAGGAUGUUAAAACCUUCUAUAGAUUGUGUGCAAUGGAUACCAGUGCUUUUCCCAAUAAAAAUCAAGGUCACUGCCCGAGUAUAAAAGAAUUUGCACGGCAUUGUCAAAUUCAGGAGGAUUGGAGAAAUACCUCAGGAUGUGAGAAACCUGAAUGUCCUGGGAAUAGGAUCUACAGUGAUUAUGGUCAACCAUUUAUUCCAACUUGUACUGAUCCAGAUCCGCAACAGAAAGAUGCUCUUGAAAAUACUUGUGAAUGUCCAAAAGAAAAGAGGUACGAUGGAAGGGCUCCAAUGCAAGUUCACUGGAAUGCUUCCUGGGAUAGGAGUUGGUCUGGCGUGUCUAGAUCCAGGGAUCACAGUUUCAAAAUAAGUGGUCGACUGUUCAAGAAAGAAGCGGAUAAAUAUUCAGAGGAUAGUGAAGCUUUGAAAUUCUCUAAACAAAAUGACUUUGGAGAUUCAUUUCCUGAGAUAUUUAGGACAGAGAUUGAUAUUUUGAUAGUGAAUCGAACCAAGGCUUUAGGAUUGUUGAAGAAAAGUGGCUCUAAUGUACUCUGUUCAACUUCAGACACUGUUCUUGAUAACAUACGACUUGACAACAAAUGCAUCAGAAAAUCAGAGUGUCCUUGUGAAUACAGUGGAACCAUUUAUGAUGCUGGAGACAAAAGGAACACUUCGUGUGAAACAUGUGUUUGCAAAGGUGGACUAUGGGAAUGUUCUCAUCAUAAUUGUUCCAGAAGUUGCAAAGUGGAAGAAGGAACACAUAUUACAACAUUUGAUGGGAAAAACUAUAAUUUGAGAGGAGAUUGCACAUACAUUGCAGUUUCAACUCUGCAGGACGAUCUCUGGAGAGUGAUCAUUGAGAUGCGAGAAUGUCACAAAGCAACAAAACAUAUUUGCUUACGUCGUAUUAUAUUUUCCACACAUAAUACCAAGUAUGAAUUCAAUAAUAAUGGUGACGUUACAUUUGACGGAGAAAAUGUUGUACUUCCAUUGAAAAGGGAUGGAACUAUAAUAUUUAAACCAUCUUCACAUUUCAUUCAACUUGAAACAACACACGGGUUGACAAUGCAGAUACAGAUUUCUCCCAUUAUGCAGCUUUACGUUUCUUUGUUGGAUGGUAAUAAACGAAGUUUAGGAGGCUUGUGUGGCAAUUUUAAUGGCAAGGCUAUUGAUGACUUCACCUCUGUACAGAAUGUGGUGGAACAAUCACAUGUCAUUUUUGCUCAUUCAUGGGCUGCUGACAUUAAAUGCAGCUCUCCUGAAAAGGAAAUUCCAACUUGUGUCAGUUCAGAAAAUGAAUUCUAUGCAAAGGAACGUUGUGCUCUUCUGAAAACAAAUGGUGUUUUUGCUCAAUGUCAUUCCACAGUGGAUUACAUUCAAUAUUAUCAGAUGUGCAAGAUUUCCAUAUGCAACUGCGAGAAUCUUGAUCAUUGCAUCUGUGCUGCACUGGGGGCUUAUGUUCAUGCAUGUGCUGCAAGAGGUGUCAUACUGAGGGGUUGGAGUGGAACAAUUUGCAAUACAACCUGUAAGAACAACCAAAUGUUUGACAAUGAAAUGACAACCUGUAACCGGAACUGCAAAUUAUUAACCAAAACUGAUUUCACCUGUGACGUGAAGGAUACUCCAGUUUAUGGCUGUGGCUGCCCAGAGGGCAAAUAUAUGAAUGAAAAUGGAGCCUGUGUUAAUGCUGAAGACUGCUCUUGUUACUACAAGGGGAUUUAUAUUCAACCUGGAGAGGAAGUUGAUGAUUGUUAUUGCCAAGGGGGAUCAAUUGGUUGCAAUCGAGUUACUGAAGCCACGACUACACCCACAGUAUGCACAGGGGGAAAGGAACUUGUUCGUUGUUCCCCUACUGGAAAUCAGACUCACUGUGGAAUGAAAUGCAGUAACCUGGCAUUACCUUGUACAAACGAAUGUGUACCUGGAUGUGUUUGUCCUGAAGGUAAAGCUGAAGAUGACAGUGGAAACUGUGUUUUGACCGAAAAUUGCCCUUGUCUAUAUGCAGGGAGUAGUUAUGCCAAAGGAAAAGAAAUCCAACUUGAUUGCAGCCAGUGCAAAUGCCAAGGUGGUUCAUGGAGCUGCACUGAUAAGCCAUGCACAAAGACCUGUCAAGUUUAUGGUGAAGGUCAUUACAUAACAUUUGAUGAUUUUCGAUUCACGUUCGAGGGUAAUUGUGAAUAUAUAUUUGUUCAGGACCAUUGCAAUGGAAAACGUGGUACAUUUCAAGUGCUCAUAGAAAAUGUUCCUUGCUGUGAAAAUGGAGUGACAUGUUCAAGAAAUAUUAUGAUUAUUUUUAAGUCCAGUAGAAUCUUACCAUGCACUCUUGAUCCACGAUUAGCAAGUUUACAGAAAUAG